AUGGUAUGUCAGCCAGCAUCAGACCUGAAGGAGACCAUCAUUACAGCUGGAGAGAAGACACUACAAGUCUUGUAUGCCUCAAUGGUGAUGACUCAACAGAAGUAUUGCAUAAAGGUCCGCAAAGCAAUCUACGAGAGCUUCAAAGAUGAACUCUCCAUCGUUCCGUCGUCACCAGACCAGUGGCAGAGGGUCUCCAGCGAUUUCAGUCAGAGAUGGAACUUCCACCACUGCUGCGGUGCCUUAGACGGAAAGCACAUUGAGAUCAAGAAACAGAUAAGAGCGGCAGCAACUACUUUAAAUACAAAGGCUACUUCUCCCUAA